AUGGUGGUAGAGGACAAAAAACAAGACUUGACGUAUUACUUUCGCAUCAUGUCAUCUGCUACACAUCCUCUACAGCGUGAUUCUACACCAUCAAGUUUGUUGCGGUUUUAUGAAGCUCGUCCUUCUCAUAUUCGCCCUUUUAACGUUCGCAUGCGAUCACUUAUUGAAAAUUUGUCUAUUUGUGAUUUGCCAUCUCAAUCAGUUGAGCAUUUGCUUAUUUCACCAUGGACCAUCUCACAAUACCAGUUUGAUUGUCAGUUUGUUGCUUAUAAUAAGGCUCAAGUGUCUCCUAUUAUAUUUCAGCAACUUUUCACUUCCCAUCGUCAUCAGUUUUCUCAAUACGCCCCUGUAUUUACAGAUGGCUCAAAAUCUCCAGGUCAUGUCGGUUGUGGCGUCGUCAUUGCUGAUGUCACGUACAAUUUUAAAAUCCCAGAUAUUUGUUCAAUUUUCACUGCCGAAGCUGGAAUUCAAGAGGAAAAUAAAGAGAUGUCGAACCGUAUUACUUCUACAAAUUUAAGUUCAAUUACGGAUGUUCAGGCUCUCCUCUCCGUACUGGGAGAAGUAGCCUCUGUGAGAAAACUGCGCUCCGGCGACCUUUUAGUGCAGACGACAUCCGAAAAGCAAGCCACUGCCCUAUCUAAGUGCACAAAUAUAUGCAACUUUAAUGUAACUGUCACUCCUCACAAAUCUUUGAAUACUUGUCGUGGAGUAAUAUCUCAAACUGAAUUCAUAGACGACGAAGAGAGUAUGAUCUUAGAAAACCUGCAAGACCAGCAUGUUGUCGAGGUCCGUAGGAUAAAGAUUCAAAGGAAUGGACAACUCAUUCCAACGAAACAUCUUAUCCUUACGUUUGCCUCUCCAACAUUACCAUCUGCUGUUAAACUUGCAUGGUAUAAUUGUCCAGUCAGACCUUAUGUCCCAAACCCUUUGAGGUGCUUUCAGUGCCAAAGGUUUGGACAUUCACAAGCAUCUUGCCGUGGUACAUCUGUUAGCGCUCGCUGUUCUACUCCUGGCCAUUCAGACACUUCCUGUGAGUUUCAACCCCUUUGCGUUAACUGUAAGGGAGCUCAUGAAGCUUACUCAAGGAGUUGUCCCAGAUGGUCAGAAGAGAAAGAAAUUCAAUCAGUUAAAGUAUUGCAAAACCUAACCUUUAAUGAGGCCCAUCGAAUCGUUACCGCCCGUACACCCCGUCCGGGCGUGUCGUAUUCCACGGUUGCAAAGACUUCGUUUUGUUCUGUUGGCACGCAAACUGAUUUCACAGCCAAAAAUCUACUGCUAACAAACAGAUAAAACCACCAACUCAAAAACCUAACUUUAACUUUACCGCACCAUCAACAUCCAAUCGGACAACCUCACCUCCACCUAGCAAAACAUCCAAAAUAAACAA